AUGGAGUCCCAGCAGCAAGCUACUAAGGGAUGCACCAGACUCUUGCAAGAGUGCAAAGCAAGAACAAUGCUUGAGAGACCAGGUAGCAAGCUACCUUUCCAGACCCUCUCCCAAACAAAAAUUAUAUUAAUACCAUAUGAAUCAAUGAUCCAUGUAUCAGAUAUUAAACUGACAAGAACAGAUACUACACUUUAUCUUAGCCAAAAGGCCGAGAAAGGUAUGCUUUAUGACACCCCAGGUAGACAUCGCAGCAAUAUCCUUGGGUAA